GGAUUCUCUAACCUCUGUUCCAUGGCCUCCCAUCUAGGAUUCCUUCUUUCAGUCUUCUCCUAAUAAAAAGGCAAGCUUGCCAAGGAUUUCAACUGAACCCAGUUUAACAAGGUAUAAUAAGCCUGGGCACAAACCUUCAUAUCAAGACUGGACAAGGCAAUCCAGUAGAAGUAAAAGGAUACCAGAGCAGAUUAGCUCAUAGGAUGUCAGUGUGGUGACAGUGUCAUUUUUACCCAAAGUAGAAAACUUCCUUAAGUGAUGUGACGUUGAUCAGAAGCAGAGGUGCAUAGGUUUAACAUGCCUGUGAUACCCCUGAGCCCACGUCUCCUUCCUCCCCUUCCAAGAGCGAUGUCUUCUCUGCCCUCCUCCAUCCUGAGCAGCCUUCCUGGGAGGAUGCCACCAGUCCUGAUUCUCCUGACCUUUCUUCUGCCACUAGGAGAUAGAGCAGAGGAGAUCAUCGGGGGCCAUGAGGUCAGUCCCCACUCCCGCCCCUACAUGGCAUUAGUUAUAUUUCUGAAAGCUAAUGGGAAUAGAAGUUCCUGUGGCGGCUUCCUGGUUCAAGACUACUUUGUGCUGACAGCUGCUCACUGCAUUGGAAGCUCAAUGAUAGUAACACUGGGGGCCCACAAUCUCCAUGCACAGGAGGAGACUCAGCAGAUCAUCCCUGUGGGUAAAGCUUUUCCCCAUCCAGACUAUAAUCCUCUGGAUCACACCAGUGACAUCAUGAUAUUAAAGCUGGAGAGUAGGGCCAAGAGGACUAAAGGUGUGAGGCCCCUCAAGUUGCCUGGGCCCAAUGACCAGGUUAAUCCAGGGGAUGUGUGCACUGUGGCUGGCUGGGGGAAAAUGUCCAUCAAUGCCACUAAAGGAUCUGCCCUCUUAGAAGAGGCCCAACUAAUCAUCCAGGAGGACGAGGAAUGCAGAAAACGAUUCCAUCACUACUUCAAAAUCAUGGAGAUUUGUGCUGGAGACCCUAACAGAAUAGAGGCUCCAUCCAAGGGUGACUCUGGGGGACCCCUUGUGUGUAACCACAAAGCUUAUGGAGUUUUGUCUUAUGUCAAAUCCAAGAAGGUAUCUUCAGGAAUCUUCACCAAGGUUGUGUACUUCCUGCCAUGGAUAAGCAAAAACAUGAAGCUCCUCUAACAGGUGUUAAACCACCUGUGCCAAACCAGCCUGUCUGACCUCAGGCAAGAACCACGUGGAGUGGGCAGCAAAGGCUGAACAUUCAUAAUAAAUAACCUCCAGAGUGCA